AACAGCACUUACCAUGGAAUUAAAGUAUUCUCACAAACCAGAACCGGGUGAAUCAUUAGCCCCUCAAAGGUACUGUUUCAGAGUCAGAUUAGAAGAAAUUCCUGGUGUGCCUUUACAGCGCUCAAUAACCCUUGUCAACGACUUCAUUUUACAAAAUUUCCAACGAAAUUUCACUUGGGAUAAAGACUAUGUGCAUACGCCGCACAACAUUGAUGGAAACGGAAAGCAAUGGAUACUUCUCGAUGUGGAUACAAAUACUUCGCCUAAGCCCAAUUAUGAGGACGUAAUGUUGCAUGUGUAUCGAGUUAGUGUUGUUGGAAACAAAUUCAGUUAUACAAAGACUCAAUAUUCAGAUAUCAGAAGGUACACGUUCAUGUUCCCAUGGGGUGGUCGGAAACAGGCGACCGACUCUCGGCCAAACACUUGAGGUUGUCAAGCCAAAAACGAGGGAACACGAUUAAGGCACCCCUAUUUCCAAGGCAUUUGAAUGCCGGUUAUGUGGUCAGUACGGGUUUCUUGAGAUUCAAACCCUGAAGUAUGUGGAACGCUGUGGGUAGAAAUAGCUCAAAGACUGUUAUCGAUGGCGAAGCGUUUCCGAAC